AUGUCGCGCGGUUGUGGUAGUAAAUGUGUGUACAUGGACUGUGGUAAAUCCGCUCGUAAUAAUCCGGAUUUGACAUUCCGUAAAUUUCCAACAAAUGCGGACGUUCGUAAAAAGUGGAUUUUGAGUUCAGGAAAUGUUACUCUACUGAGUCUCACGUCAAAAGAAUUAUCAUGUCGAUACAUCUGCGACACUCAUUUUCUAAGCACAGAUUAUACUAACGAAAAUAAAAGCAGAUUAAACAAACAAGCAGUUCCUACUCAAUAUACAGAUAUCGGAAAUUUUCAUGUUACCACACCUACUAAUGUUUACAAGAAAGUAUGUUUAAGAAGCCCAAUUCAAUUACAAAUGGUUACCAAAUCAGGUUCUCCGAAUUUCUACGUUCAAACACCAAAUAAAAUUCCCCCUUCCACUAGUUCCACUAGUAACUUAUCCACAGUUGCUUCUACAUCUUCGACUCCAGUAUUGACACCAACAACAAGAAAAUUCAUUGAAGAAUCACAUGUGCCAAUAAAAUUACACCCUAAAAAAUUAUUUAGUGGUGAUAAAGUUGCAAAACUAAAAUUUGCUCUGAAACAAAAAAAAAAGCAAAUUAACAGUAAAAAUGUAUCCCUGUUUAGAUUGAAAAAUAGGUUGCAAUUAAUGAAAAAUGGAAGGCAGACUACCAAUAAUAUUGUAGAUUCUUUACAAUAUCCAUCAAAAGACUCUAAAGCACUUGUCAAAAUGCAGACAUUAAGAGCUAAAUCGUCAAGAAAACCUUUCACAAAAGCAGAACAAAAUUUUGCCCUGAGUUUAUUUUACAAAUCACCAAGUACUUACAAAUUUCUAAGAAAUAAUAAGAAAAUAACUUUACCUGGCAUGUCAACAAUUCGUCGGUGGAUUGGUAAUUCAAAAUUCAGACCGGGAUUUAACUCAGGGCUAUUUCGACAAUUAAAAAAAAAAUGUGAAUCAAUGAGCCAAGAUGAAUUAUACUGCACAUUAAUAUUUGACGAAAUGAAGAUUAAAAACUAUCUUGAAUAUUCUAAGUUUCUAGAUUGCGUUGAGGGGUAUGAAGAUUUGGGAACAAAAGGUCGUACAAAUAAAUUAGCUGGUCAAGCCAUGGUGUUUAUGAUACGUGGUUUGUAUUCAUCAUGGAAAAUGCCUAUUUGUUAUUUUUUACCUGCGACAUCAGUAAAAAAUUGUAUAUUGAGUGAGUUGUUAGUGGAGGUAAUUCAACGGCUAUUAGAUUGUGGAUUUCAUGUUAAAGCUGUAAUAUGUGACCAAGGAACUAACAAUGUAGCAGCACUUAAACUAUUAAAAGUUACAAAAGACAAGCCGUUUUUUGAAGUUAAUGAAAGACGAAUUUAUUCUAUUUUUGAUACUCCACAUUUAUUUAAAAACUUGCGUAAUCAUUUAAAAAAAAGCAAUUUUAUAUUUGAAGGCAAAGAAGCCUCUUUUCAAGACUUGAGAGAUGUUUAUGACAUUGAUAAGAAAAGUUGUACUAGUCGUUCUUUAUUAAAAAUUACUGACAAUCACAUAAACCCAGGGCCAUUUCAAUUGAUGUCAUGUAAAUUAGCUAUGCAACUUUUUAGUAAUACAAUGUCUACUGCUAUAAAAACCAGUGUUUACACCGGUCAGCUGAAGUCUAAAACAGCUAUACAGACAGCUAAUAUGAUAAAAUAUUUCAAUGAUUUACUAGAUGUACUAAAUAGUAUGAGUUUGUACCAUUCCAAUCCAUUUAAAUGUGCUUUAUCCACCGAGAGACCCCAGCAACUAGAAUUUCUUCAAAAAGCAAUAAUAACAUUUGAAAAUUUAAAAAAGAAAAAUUCUACCAACAAAGGGAAAAAAGAAACCAGACCUGUUUGCUUUGAUGGUAUGUGCUGGACCUUGAAUGCUAUUAUACUGCUGUAUAAAGAACAACAAGACAUGGGAUUCCCAUACAUUUUGACUGGACGCCUCAACUCUGAUGUAAUAGAAAACACAUUUUCUAUAUUUAGACAAAGGGGAGGAUAUAAUAGAAAUCCAACUGCAAGAACUUUCCGCACAACAUUUAGAAUUAAUGCAAAAAUGAGUUUAAUGAAACCAUCGAGUUCUUCUAACUGUGAGCCAGACGAUGACAUCCAUUUAAUGACUCACUCUGUAAAUAAUGACAUCCAAAUAGAUGGAGAUAGUAGUGAGUCAACAAUAUCAUCCAAUGAAUCAUCCGAUUCAUGGAAAAUGGACAGCAUUCAGUCAGAGAAAGAAGCGGUGGUUACUUUGGAAAAUUGUUCAAACACAUAUUUUGCUGGUUACCUCGCAAUGAAAACAAUAUUAAAAUUUCCCUGCUCUUAUUGUGAACAGUUAAUGGUGAAGUCUGAUUUUUCAGUUACAAAUAAAUUAGAUUUUUUAAUUUUUUGUAAAAACUAUGAUUCAAAAACGUCUGAAAUGCAUCUGAAAGUACCUACUUAUGAACUGACGCAAUUUAUUAUUUUGGCUCAAAAAAUCCUUGCAGAUAUAGUAGAGAAAAAACCACACAGAAAAAAAAUAGCCCAAUUUGCUGAAAAAAAAAUAAAAACUGAAUUAAUUAGUUUAUUAAAUGUUAAUGAAACUUGUAUUCCACAUAUUGAAUUUUUGAUCAAACAUCUAAUAAUAUGUAAACUUUUUAGAAAUUUUAACUGGAUUUCAAAAAAUAUUAAGCAUGUGAGAGUUGAAAAAUCCCAAAAAAAAUUAAAAAUUCUUAAAAAUAUUUAA